GGGAAGGAUCCGUUUUGGCGGGCGGUUGGCGUUGCGCAGAAGGCGGUGGCGGCAGUGGCCUGUGGUGCGGCCUCACCACAGUGGAACAGGGCGGGCGUUAGUGUGAGUGAUCACUCUCGAUCCCGGGUUCUUUGGAGCUGUGCAGCUGAAGAGUUUGACUGGCGAGUGUAUAGGCCAAUUGGGUCUGCCUCGAGCUGCCGACUGAUCGGCCCUUGGGCCAUCGGAAUGUGGGAGGCGGGUUUUCCCUUCCUGAGCAGCGUCUCACUGAGCCAAUGAGCACGAAGCGCGCGGAACCCCGUGGCCUUAGUCCUUCAGGUGGAACAGUGUACGACAUGGGAAAGAAAACCAAGAGGACCGCUGACAGUUCUUCUUCAGAGGAUGAGGAGGAGUAUGUCGUGGAGAAAGUGUUAGACAGGCGUGUGGUUAAGGGGCAAGUGGAGUAUCUGCUGAAGUGGAAAGGCUUUUCCGAGGAGCAUAAUACCUGGGAACCAGAGAAAAACUUGGAUUGCCCUGAACUAAUUUCUGAGUUUAUGAAAAAAUAUAAGAAGAUGAAGGAGGGUGAAAAUAAUAAACCGAGGGAGAAGUCAGAAAGUAACAAGAGGAAAUCCAAUUUCUCAAACAGUGCUGAUGAUAUCAAGUCCAAGAAAAAAAGAGAGCAAAGCAAUGAUAUUGCUCGGGGCUUUGAAAGAGGUCUGGAACCAGAAAAGAUUAUUGGAGCAACAGAUUCCUGUGGUGAUUUAAUGUUCCUGAUGAAAUGGAAAGACACAGAUGAGGCUGACCUGGUUCUUGCAAAAGAAGCUAAUGUGAAAUGUCCACAAAUUGUGAUAGCAUUUUAUGAAGAGAGACUGACGUGGCAUGCGUAUCCUGAGGAUGCAGAAAACAAAGAGAAAGAAACCACGAAGAGCUAAAGGAGGGGGUGGUCUCUGUCAUUUCUCUUUGUACAUAAUACAUUCACCUCCCUGCCUCCUCUCCCUUUUACCCAACCCCUUCUACCCUAAACACAUCCAUAAAAAAUGUGCUUAUCACUGUGCUCCACAGGAGAAAUGUUGGUAUUGGUUCUCUUGUAACAUAACUGAUGGUCUGAUUCAUGAUAAGUGUCUCUCUGUGAAGACCAGGCAUUUACAUACUGUGUGUAAUUCCCACAAAGUUUUCCUUUGCCCUGAUCUCUUCCUCCUGCACCCUUGUGACCUAAAAAUAAGUUUUAACUUUUUAAUCACCUUAGAGUCUUGAUCUUUUCAGGGUUGGUUGCUUUUAGAUUGGGGGAUGUUAUAGCAAAGAUGGUGAAUUUUAGUUUCUUGCUCUGUUUCUUAGAACAUGUUGAUGACCAGCUGGCCUUUGUUUUAAUAUGUUGGAUUGGAAAGGACGUUGCUCAUCUUUUAAAAAGCCAGUAGCAACUGCCUACCUGUUGGGACUUUCCCAACCUUGUUCGGCUCUACCAGGAGCAUACAGGGUCCCUGGUGUGGUCUUCUGGGCCACCUUCUGUAGUUCUUUCUCACCUAUCGUCUCAGAGUAGCUCCGUCCUUUUGAGGACUUGAAAUUUUACAUUGAAAUUUGUCAGGUCACUUCUUUUAGCCCAGGACUGUUGGCCUUGUUUUUACUAAUCACUGAUUCUGCAUCUGUAAGGUGGCAUCAAUUUGUCAUAAAAUGACAAAAUUAUCCACUCCGGAGAGCCUGAGCUGUAGUAUAGGAGGAUGAUGGGGUAGGGACAAAUACAGUUGUCUUUCUUUGUCACACAUAUAGAAUUUAUGUAUUCUUUCCUUCCAGCCCUCAUAUUUAGACUGUGUAUUUAUGUAAAUGUGAGUGAUUGCCUGGUGCUUGCUUGUGCCAAGGUGCUAGGCACCCUCCAACCCUGCCAACUUUUGUGGCCUCCCAAAGCAUUCUUGUUACCAAAGAGGCUUCAAACCUGAUCUCACUUCUCAGUGGAUCCAAGCUUCCCUUCCACAUCAUUUUUUUCAUUGGUGAAUUAUUGGAGGGGAGCCGUUGGACACAGUGUCACUUUUAAAUACUCAUAGCAGUUACAAGUUUUCUCCUUGCUUCAGUCCUGGAUUUGCCACUAGGAGUCCUUUUCCCUUUUUCCACUCUUGAAAUUUUGGUUGUAUCUUAUAUAUUUGAAAAACAAAUUUCCAGGGAAGAUUAUCACCUGAGAAUGUGACAAAUCCUGGUAUUAGCAUAUUGACACAACUUCUUGCUACUCAGCAAAAUACUUCCCUUUUAAUUUCCUCUGCUUUGCUAUUGUAUUGAGAGUCGUCCUCCCCACGCCCCAAUCAUAUCCUUCUCUGCCUUUGUCUCCUGAGAAAUUCUCUGCUGCAUCUUUUCUUGUAGUUGUGGGGAGGGGUCUACUGAAUCCGGACUGAUAGGAAGGAAAUGGCAGGGUUUUGGGCAUCUUUCUUUUUUCCAAAACUGAGGAAAUGAGAAUAAAUGCUUGAAGCAGCCUUAAUUCUGGAGUUCAUCAGCCACUGAGGUGGUUUUUGUUGUUGCUUUUAAGUUUUAAAACACAGCUGUCUGGCCAGAAGCAUUCAACCAUUUCUGGGUUAUUCAUAGUAAUGAGGGGCAUGGAUAGAAUGAUCUAGUCCACAGAUGAGCCAAAUAAGACGCAAAUCAUAUGCCAAUUUGUAGCAUUUGUUAAAAUCACUUCCCUGCUCUGCUGCUGAUUAAAUUCUGUGAGCUUGUAUAAAUUAUGUUAAAAAUUAUACAGCACAGUUAAAGAGACAGCUGUUGCUGCAGUGACAUGACAGACUGGAACAAUGAAGCUUUUGGUUUAAGUUAGCCCAGAGAAAAUCCUUCUGAAUAGUAAUGUGAUUGGGUGAGAGCUUAUAACCCAUACCUCGUGUGGGUGGGAGUUUUAUCUCCACACUCCUUUACUCUCUGAAGGAAUUAAGACUAGGUCAAGUGCUGGAUAAUUGACAGUUGUUUAAACUUACUCUGGUGGGCACUACAAAGAAGGAUGGUCAGAAAAUAGAUUUGUCAUACAGGUAACCCAGGAUAUCAGUGAGGGCAGACCAGAAUAGGAAGAAAGUAAGCCAGGGCUCCUGGGGAGGUGAUCUGAGCCUCGUGAUUUGCAACUGGAGAAAAUGACCAUCAAUCUCUGUAGGCCAUGUAUCCCAGUAGUACUGGCCAUGUAAACUGCAGGGACCAUGUCUAAAACCAAGCAACCUAGCCUGUGGACAAAGAACACACAGCAUUUGGUGCUAAGAUUGGUCCUGAGAAAUUAGGAACGAAUGGUUACCAUGGUUAUAGGUAAUGUUCAAGACAGUGAUUAAAAUCUGGUUUUCUUUUACCGAAACAACCCUAGUAUCAUCUAUUACUUACUGUCCCUUUAAUACUCUUCACUUCAUCUUUGUGUCCUCAGUUUAUAGAAUCCUGUUUUGUUUUUAACUUAGUGUCACCAAAACAACCUUUGUUCUCUCCUUGCUAAUGGCCCUUAGCACAAAGGAAACCAGAUGCAUGCCUGUGCCUCUAGCAUUUGUUAGUGCUGAGUAGCUGUCCUUUCCCUUAGACAUUUGUAGCUUCAUACAAAAAACUUUCAUUCAGAUUUAUCCCUCUGAAGAGAGAGAACCAUGGGCAAAGUACUUUUAAUCACCUAGGUCUCAGUUGGUCACAUUGUAUAUUUUUCUUGCUUAGUUCUCUUUUAAGACAUUUCUCAUGCAGAAUUUCUUCUAGUAAUCAACAGUAAAUGAUUAACUGUUUCUACAGAGUUAUCAGUGCUUUCUCCAUUUAGUCAGUCUUUCAAUCCUAAGCAGAUGUGUUAAAAGAUCAACUACUGGGAAGGUCAGCCUGGUUGGAGGUACCCAUUUUACACCUGAGGAGAGGCAUAUUGUUUUUUUCUCCCAUCAUUACCAUCUAAUAACAAACACUUUGUUACAAAGAAAGCUUGAGAUACAUCUGUUAAUAUCUGAGCAUCUAUCUCUGAGUUAAUAUAGUUUUACUCAGGCACUCCAAAAGGAUAAUUUCUUACUGGGCACAGUGCCCCAUUCCUGUAAUCCUAGCAUUCUGGGAGGCUGAGGGAGAAGAAUUACAAAUUUGAGCCCAGUGUGGGCAACUUAGAAAACUCUGUCUCAAAAUUAAAAAAAAAAAAAAAAGUAGUGAGGAUACAGUCCAGUGUGAAGACCCUGGGUUCAGUGCUCAGAACCAUAAAUCAGAGAGAGUAAUUUCUUAGCAGGGAAUUGUGUCAGUGAUAUGGAAACCUUUCCCAGAAAUAUACCUACCCUGGAAUCUCAGACUGAAUGAGUCCAAGUGGAUGUAGGGUGAAACCUAUUCCAGAUAAGAAAAUAGUCUGAUCUACAUGAUAGCACAUACCUACAGCAGGACUGCAAGUUUGUGUCCAGCCUGGAUAACAUUAAGACCUAUAUCAAAACUUAAAAAAAAAAAAGCUGGGGAUGUAGCUCAGCACUGCCUGCGUUUACUCCUCAGUACCACAGAAACAAAGCAAUCUGAUCUCAACAGUGUUCUUGUGACAUGUGAUUGCAAGAAAAAGAACUUAGUUCUGCCCGGAUAAUGGAGAGUUGGCUAGCUUUGGAAUCAAAAUUCCCAAGAAUUCAGCCUACUGUUAUGAAAGUUAAAGUAUGAAGUUCCUUAGGUAGCUUCAUAAAAACAGUUGUAGUUUCUUUUUGCUUGUGCUGAAUUUCUUGGAUUUUAAUCUACCUCAUCUUGUCUUUCUGUCUUUCUCGAGUUACUUCUGCUUGUCAUUGCCACUUGAACAUUGUGCUCAACUCUGGUUAUUUUCUUGAUGGAAUUUUUUCUGCUCAUUGAUAGUUCAUUCUCUUGCCUUUCGUCUUGGUCCUCAUUUCACCUAACAUCAUCUCACAUUGCUCCUUUGUGAAAGAAAUGUUUUAAAAUCGUUUAAAAUCUAGUCUUUUUGGGGAAGAAAUGAUCCUUUAUUACUAUUUGUCUUCUUCAGGUUAGUAAGAGAAGGAGUUAAACCAAGGUGGUGGGGGAGGGAAUGGACUCCUGCACUGGAGGCAAAAGCUGACAAGGAAAGAGUCAUUAAUUAAGACAAUUUCAAAGCCAACUGAUUGUGAUCAUUAAUGUCACAAUAGAUCAAAACCUAAUUAUCGCAGCCUAGGUAAGAGCCAUCAGUAUUAAUCGAAAAAUCUAAUAGGAAACUAUUAUCAAGAAAUUAGGCCAAAUUGAAGGCAAUGAACUUUAUAUCUUGUCUUUUUUUUUUUUUUUUUUUUUUUUUUGGUGAUGUCCCCUAGCAUUGACAGGUUGUAACCCUAAACAAUUGAUCCAAGCUGAAGUGGCCAUUUUUAAGGAGCUUUUAUUUUGGAGGGGCGGAAGUCCAAAUACAGGCAGAACCUGAAAUGUCAUUGCCAAAAAAAUCAAUCUUGAACUUUCUUGAACCUGGAUUCUGUACAGUGUGACCCCCCAUCAGUGAAAAAGAAAAAGCUUUUAGAUUGUGGAGUGAGUUCUGGAAUAAGAUACUCUUUGUGAGCCUGUGCUGUGUGUUGAAAAGUUAGUUCUUUGAGUUUCUGUUGCUCAUAGAGUCUUGAUACCUGGCUGCUGUGAGGGGCCUAGAAGGAGGGAGGGAUGUUUUACCUGGAAAUUCUUUGUGCACAGCUGAAGAAACAGAGUGCUUGUGUCUCAGUGUUCUUGAGGCUCAAAGCUGUGUUUUCCAGAUCCAGUAACUUUAGAAUUUCAUUCUAACCCAGGGCUAGCUUUGGCUUUGGAGCCCUCCUCGUCUCCAUAGUUUUGGGAUAAGGGACAUAAUUUCUACCAGAAUCCAAAGUCAAACCCAAGUGGGUGGAGGUGUUUUGGUGUGGUUUUGUCAUCUCGUUCCCCAUGCUCUGGCAGGAGAAAAGAGUAUUGUAAGAGCUUCUAUGACUAGUUAUGGAGGUCACCAUUUAUGUCCUUAAUCGCGUGCUGUUUAUGGAGAAGUCACAGGUCUUGGGGUUGAGCAAGAUGAUGAGGAGAAAUGCCACACAGCAGGAGAGCUCGUGGGGUGCUUGGCUUCCUGCCCUGUGUACUCUGCUCUUUGCAGGCCCAUAAAAGCGCUGCCGGGCCCUCCACUGGGCAGCAGUUCUUACUGUUCCUGUGUAAGAAGGGUCUUGCUUCAUUUUAGGAAUUUAGGUUACUUAGUACAAAACUUUGAGAGACCGGUGUGACUUAAUCCUUCAUCUCUAAAGUGAAAAACUUUUUUUGAAAGAAUCCAUGUGUUUAGUGUAUAAAUUGUAAUUUUAUUUUCAAAAUAUUCACUACUGUGAUUUUCAAAGCUGAUGGUUUCUCCUGUGUUCCUCACCUUAGGCUAGAUAAGUGAUAGGUUAAUCCGUGCAGGUUGAUUGAGUUCAUCUGGUUUGCGAAGUACAGUGUACCUGCCCACUUCUGUUGCUCUGAAGUAUACUCGGAAAAGAAAAAUGCUCUAGGAAGCAGCAGAAGAAUCGAGUGAAUGUGUACUAUGUGUGCCAACCUCAACUGAUUCAUAAUGCCUGACCUUGGGCAAGUCAUUCAAUGCCUCAGUUCUCCCAUCUAUUAAAUGGGGGUAAUAAUAAUGACCUACCUCAUGGGGUGUUGUGAGGCAUUGUAAAUCAAAGUUGAAGAAUACUUUAGGGUCCUCUGGAGGAUGCCUUGAGCCAAAAUUUAAGCCUGGCAGAGGUUUUAAUCCUCACUGAGUUGUCACCAGGUUUGGAACUGCUUAGUGACUUCAGCAAAUUCUCUGCUCCCACCCCUCAUCAGUGCUGCUAGUUCAGAUGACAGUGUUUUUGUGAAUGUUGGAAUCUUAGAAAAGAGUGCAGAUUUAACUUAGGAUGUCAUGGGGGAAGGCACUAGUACUUUCUGUCUUACAUUCACAAGAGGCUAUUUCAAGCUCAAGAGCAUUGGACUAGGGAAUCCUGAGGCAGGGAUGCUAGCACUUGUCCUCUGCAGUUUGGGAACUAAGAUCCCAUUCCCCAUGCAUUUGGAGCCAACUUGGACUGUCUCAGGAGCAAAGCAACCUCUAGCUUAGAUUUAUGUUGUUGCUUUCCAUUACACAAACUGAUCCCGGGGCAGCUGGGUCACUGUGCCCCUUUAUGCUUUUAAGCUCUCAUAGAAACUAGGUGGUUCAGUAAACGUAACCGCCUUUUUAUUCCCAACCAAAAGAGGUGCAUUAGAAUUUUUCCCCUCAAAAUACUGUAGCACUCAGAAUCAGGCAUUGGUCCUUAUGGCUUUAUAGUAGAGUCAUUAUAUUUAGUAUCUGCAUCUCUUUUCUCAGUGUCCACAGUGUAGACCUGUCCUUGACCCUUUUUUCCCCUCUGGUUUGAGAAAACUUUGAACACGUUUUGUUGCCCAAGUGUGGGCUCAAAGCCUUAUUUCCAUCUCAGCUUAGAGACUCAGUCAGCUCCUCUUCCCAAUAGGGCUCUUCUUUCCCCUCCUUGGCACUAGAUUUGUAACCCAUAAAAAAGCACAAGGUUCUGGCUCCUUGCGGUCACAUUCCAGUUCUGUUUUGUGGACUCUGCUCCCACUGUUCACUUGGCACCGGAUGGUUCUGUGGAGCCCUGGAGGAUGGAGAGCACAGUCACAUCCUGCCACGUAGCCAGGGUUGCCUCGCUGUGGCCUGCUGGCCUCGUCACCACUUCCCACCGGAUGGGAUCUGAGAGACUCAAGAGGCUGGGCUUUUCCAGCACUGCACCAUCCUGAGAAGCAAAACAAGUCACACUUUAUAGCCAGAUUUCUGAAUGGAAAUGAGACAUUGAAUUCUCUAUGGAGUUUCUGGUUUGUGGGGGAGUUACUUUUCUUGGUUUUAUUUCAGCCAAACAUGUCUGCUUUUGAUUUUUUUAAAGGAUAAGUGAUUAUAUAUAUGUUCACCUUUUAACUGUAAACGUUUAAAAGUAGGCAUUUAUGUGUUUCCAUAACUGACAUCUGAUUCAGACCUCAUUCUCUCCCCCUCUUCCACCCUUCUCUUUUCCCCCUUUUCAUACUCUUGUAUUGGUUCUAAUAAAUGGUUGCUUUUCAAAUAUG